AUGUACGAGAAGCUCUCUACAAUAAACAAUGUCUACUUGAUGCAGUGUCUAAUGUCAAAGAAGGACGAAGGAUUCAUUGCUCGAGAUCCUUUCUACCAGAGAUACCUAGAUGACGAUUCUUCCAUAGGGCCUCUUGAUGAAGACUGUGGAAGAAAAGAAAAAAGAAAAAUCGGAAAUAUUAACGGUGCACUCAUCCUCGUCUCCCAUUUUCUGCGGCAACUUCCUUUCUCUUGCGUGCCUCCGAAGUUCACGAGCGGCAUCUCCGUAGCCGGCAAUGGCGUGGUGGCACUUUCCAUCGCUCCGACCUCGAUCACCAUGAAGCUCUCAGCCGACCUCAAUCUCCCCCACAAGCUCGCUCUCUGCCUCCCGUCUUCUUCUUUCUCCCCCGGCCAUGGCGACUUCUACGUCAGUGGCGGCCGUACUUCAGGCCUCUGCUCAAACAGGACCUCUCGGAGUCGCUCCUCAUCGAUCCUGUCAGCUGACCGCCCUUUCAUGGCUCCGUAUCUCCGUCCGACCUCUAUCGACAAGAACGGAAGAGGUGGGACCAAAAUCAGUACUCUGACUCCGUACACGGUCCUCCACUCGGCCAUCUAUAGUGCUCUGGUUGCGGAGUUUUUGAAGCAGGCGGCGGAGAAGAAGAUGAGGAGAGUGGACCUGAUCACGCCAUUCGGGGCGUGCUUCGACGCAAGGAGCAUAAGGAGUGGAGUGGCGGGGCCGGACGUGCCGGCCAUGGCGCUGGUGCUCCCGAGUGACGCGCAGUGGGGGAUCGAAGGGGUGAAUUCGAUGGUGAGGGUGAGCGAGGAGGUGAUGCGCCCGGGGUUCGUGGAUGGAGGGUCGACGCCGAUCACUGCCCUCGUGAUCGGGGCGCACCAGAUGGAGGACAAUCUGGUGGAGUUCGACGUGGCUGUGAUGGCGUUCAGGUUCAGCAACUCGCUCCUACUUCGCAACACCGGUUGCUCCCAUUCUUGA